AUGUAUGACGGUUCGAGCUCGUCUGCCGAGGAGGGUGACAUCUUCGUGGGCCGCCACGCCGAGAAGACGGCUGCCACACGGCGGAGCAUGAAGUCGCUCUUCGCAGAGGACGCGAUGCAGUCAAAACACGGUGUCACUUCUCUGCGCUACGAGGGUGGAGCCGCUGUCACCGGUGGUGGUGGUGGUGGUGGCGGCAUCAGCAGCAGCAAGGCGGUGUCGCUCUCUGCCAUGGGAGGGGGCAACGCCCCCGGGCAGCCGCCGAAUGCCCCGUCGCCGCUGCGAACCGCCGCGCAGGCGGUGGUUCUCACGUAUAAAGGUGACGUGUUCGUCGGGCCGUGCGUAGUCGCGGUUUGUGUGCCGAAUGUGAACGCCUUCAUCACCUCUCCGCUCAUUGCAAUUGUCGACCGUGAAAAACAUUCCCAGUGCCGAGUGCGGGUCGACAGGGAGCUGCAGUUGUUGCAGAACAAGUCUGAGCCACAGUAUGGAUCCCUGUACGACCCUAGCGUCGGUGUCCACUGGUCGCUGAUGUUCAAGGGACGCCGCGAGUGCACGGAGUUCGUCGCCGCCGUCCACACGACCCUCCACUAUAUGGAGAUGGAGACCAGUCCCAUGCCACCCUUUGUGGAGUGGGAAGCGGCAACUGCGGCAGAGGCAGCAACAAAGCGGGAACUGAAUGGAAUGGUCUCCCAUGGUGAUGUUGUCUCUGUCUCAUUCAUGGCGUGGCUGCUGCGGCGUAUCCCGGGGACACGUUUCUUCUCUCUAGGCAAACUAAUCGAGGAGGUCCCUCCGGAAGCACCGCGUGAAGUGGUGUUAGGCGAUGGCGUCAUGAUGGUGGGUGUCGAGGAGGUCCUCGUCGGCAUGAACAGCGAAUCCUCACGACUAGUGUUCCUGUCACCGGGAAAGACAGAGGUCCGGAAAGGUAUCGGCAAUCCAGAGGUUUCGCCCUCCGACGCUGUUGUGGUGCAUAUCACCUGCCACGAGGUCAGGUGCCGCAGCAAUGCUAUGGACAGGAAGAAAAACCUGACGACAUCUGCUCACGCGGGGGACAACCCUCUUGGGAGUGGUGUUGAUGCUGGUGGCGGGAACGCAACUUCAUCAUCAUCAGAAGCAGCGGCAAGAUUUCAUAGUGAAGCCUCACACAAGCAAGAGCGGGCAACUCCUGUAGAAGUUGGGGGUGACACCAAUACACUCCUACAAGCCAUCCUCCUUCAAACGCUACAGCAGCAGAACAACAAUAAAAACAGUAACACAGCUAGUGAGGGUGGUUGUGGUGAGAGUAGUGGACAUUUGGCCACUAUUGAGCGUGGCAUUGACCGCGUCCAUCUUCAGUUAGCCUCACUCUAUGAGAAAAUUGAUCGCCUCGGUAUCGACGAAAAAAUUGCCAAGAACAACACUGUGAUUGAGAGAAUAGUAAAGCAGGCUGUGGGGAAAGCUCCAGUGAAUGAUGUGGACGUGGAAGACAUGGACAAGGACCGGGAUAGCCUUCUUGCCGUCAUUGAGAAUCUCAAGAAACGUCUUGGAGAGGCAACGGACAAUUACCACCGCGCCCUUGAGGUCAUGGGUCGGCACAAGGACGAGGUUCACCGCAUGCAGAACGACCUGCUUAUCCAGCAGGAGACGAAUGCCUCGCGCGUGCGGCAGCUGGAGGAGCAACGCCGGCUGCAGCUCGUCGAAGCGGAGGUGCAGCACCGGCAGGCUCUGGAGCGCAUUGCUGACGAGAAGUUCCGCGAGGGCCGUGACGCCGGCUUCGCAGAGGGCGUACGAGCGGGUCGGCAGGAAGCGUUUGAGGCCACCGGCGGUCACAGUGAGCAUGAGUGGAAGGAGCGCCUCUUCACCAGUGAGCAGCGUAUCGUGGAGCUGGAGUCAGAGAUGCAGGAGCAAGAGGCGCGCCAUAUCGCCGAGCGGCGGCGGCUGCAGGAGCAGAUCGACACACUGCAGGAAAUGUCAGCGAAGCUGGAGAAGCGCGCGAAGGAUGCGUCGAGUGCGGCGUCGCACUUCAGCCCCGACAUCACUGCGCGACAGUGUAAGACACUGCGUCGUGCGAUGAACGCAACGUAUACAAAUAUCGAGUCACAGCUGUGGGAGGUUGGGCGGGACAGCGUGCAGGUGGAAGAUGCACUGCGGAUGGUCUUCAUGGCUGUCAAGUCCGAGACUCGCACGUUCACCGACGAGAUCAAGAAGGAAGCUGCGCUGUCGUGGGAAGGGGAGCGGCUCACGGAGAGUUGUCUGGAGGCACAGAGGGCUGAAGAGACCGUUCACGGUGACGCCCCACAUACGCUAGAAGCCCCUGCGGAACACGGAACCGAGGCAGCAUCGGCAUCAGCAGUAGCAGCGGUGGACGGAACUGAGGAGGAGUGCUCAGUGCUUCUGUCUCACUCACAGGGUGUCACAGCGACCACACCGACAGCGGGGGCCGACUUGGUGCGGUUGGAAGGUUUGCCGCCCGCGCCACCGCAAAACACGGCGUCGUCGGGGCUCGCAAACCUGUCAGACGCGUACCCGGAUCCGCCGGAGCUUGUUACAGGAGAAGGCAACCAAAACGGUGGGGACGAAGGCGAAGAUGUCGAAAAUGUUGACAAGGGUGUGGCAAAAAGUCACGUGACAGUUACCCCACCGCAUGCGGAUGACAGCGGCCAAUCAGAUUGA